GUCAAGUGUUAGAUCGACAUUAAACCGCGAGUUCCACGUCGGUAAUAAGUUCGAUAAAAAAAAAAAAAAAAAAACAACAAAAUUUAAAGAUAAAUUUUAACGAAUAUUGUUUCGCGAUAAACGCGCGUCGUCGUCGUGAACCCGCAAAUCUGUAUACCGUUACCGCAGUGCAGGUAAGUCGAAUCUCAAAAUAACGAUAAGUCGUAUUAUUAUUUUUAUUUCCUUUAUGUUUAUAUCAAUUUAAGAGCGAAACGAAAAAUACACACAUAUGGUAUUUAUUAUCGUUUUGUUGUUUUUAUCGAUUUUAUAACGGACUCGAAAUACUAUAAAUACUAUUUACACGAAAAAUACGUUUUUUUUUUUUUUUUUACCCAUACCGACUAUCGUUUUUGAAGCGAAAUUAUUAUUUUUCGAAACUACAUGACGAUCUUCGAAACUAAAACAUAACGCGCUAUUACAUUGUGAUCAAUAAUGCUAAUUCGUUAUAGCCGUUGCCGUAUACGACUAUACAGUAUAGUUUAUCAUCGUAUACAUCCGAUUUGUGCAAUGUAAAUUUUUAUUUUCUUUUUGGACCGAGGGAAAUUUACGUAUUGUUAAUUUUUGGAAGCCAAAAAAAAAAAAAAACCAUCGGAUCAGCAUCGAAAAGUUGUAAUUGUACCGCGAUCGAGAACAGUGUUUCGAAAACGCGUUUGUUUGGUUUUUUUUUUUGUGAUUUUGGGAUCGCGAUAAUACCCAAAGGUUAUCGUUCGGGUUAAGGAAUACGCUUUCGGCGUGCAAAAUAAAACCGUUCGAAUGGAUUUCUAACGCAUUGUUCGAAAUAGUAUCAUUGUAAAAUCUGUCGAGAGUGCAUAGUAAUUACUACGGGAGUUUUAUGGGGAGGAGGGGCGAGGGGGGGGGGAGGUUUGAGAACGAUUUCCCUUGGCGCCGCGUUCCGACGGGCCGUCCGCAAUCUCCGGCGACGCGGCACACAAAAUAGUAGUUUUUUAACCACCCCGCGGUUCACGGUUUACGCUCGUGCGUGUUAGAGCUCGCAAAGUGCAAAGGUACGAAAUUCUAAAUGUACAGUUCGGAAUUUCGGUGCUCUUUUUUGAAAAAAAAAAAUAAAAAAAAAAAUAGCGUUCUUAUGAAUGGGCGCCAAACUCAAUUUAUUUCGUUAUUCGGCUGAUAAAAUAUACAUUAUGGAACGCGCGUAGCGACCGUGUUUACAAAAAAAAAAAAACCCGAUUGUAAUAUUAUUCGAUAAUGUUUUAUUUUUGAAUAAUACGAUAUUGUUUCAAUCGCGUAUUACGUACCUACCUACGAUAGGUGGCUAACGCAUUUCGCUGUCCGUCGUAUAGAACGACCUCGCACAGAUUUUCCAACAUUAGAAAAAAAAAAAUAAGAAAAAUUCGAACAAUACGUUAUUCGCCUUAUAUUAUAUCAUACGAUUUGAUUUUUUUUUUUUUUCUGUAACAAAGUAUUCAAAUUAUUAUUAUCGACUACUAAAAAACUGUUUUUCCUGAAAAAUGUAACGGAAUCUCGGAAACCGUAUAUUGUAUAUUGACCCGCACGUAAUUAUCUACAAUAUUAUAAUUAUUGUUUCGUGUGUCAAAGUUUAGACGGACGGGGCGAUAUGGCAGUGUAGGGGGGGGAGGGUCAGAUAUAUAAUUAUGCGACGAUAAAAUACUUCUGCCGCUGGCGUUAGUUGUAAAUGUUAAGAUAGACACGUGUACGUUAAUCAAGAUACGCAAGAAUUUGCGGAAGGAAACCUAUUGACGUUGUAUUAUUAUUAUUAUUUUUUUUUUUUUUUUUAGAAAUUACGUUGUUUGAAAAUCGAAUGUUGUAUAUCGGUUUUAUAUAAGAAAAAAAAAAACGAUAAGUAUUAUAGCGGUAUGCGUAAGAAAAAAACGAUGUGUAUACGGAAAGUGUGCAAUUUUAUUGCGAUAAUAAUAAUUUUAGUUAUUCGUGUGUAGUUUUUUUUUUUUUUUUUAAAAUUGAAAAGCGAUAAAAUUGUAUUUUUUAAACUCGCCAAAGUUUACAGUUGGGCGGUAAUCAACAUUACGAACAAUUGAAUUAAAAUGUCUAACCUCUCUUAUUCGUAUAUAAUGAUUAUAGGCGCGCGGACUCGAAUCGCGCGAUUUAGUCGCACAAAGAAACUUUACGCGGUAUUAUAAAAACUGAGUGGCACUUAAAAAAAAAAAAAAAAAAAAAAAAUCCUUAAAACAAACACACGAAACUUAAGUGCGCGCAUAAUAGUAAUAAAAAAAAUCCUUAAAACAAACACACGAAACUUAAGUGCGCGCAUAAUAGUAAUAAUUAUGCGCGCAUAAUAGUAAUAAUUANNCGCACAAAGAAACUUUACGCGGUAUUAUAAAAACUGAGUGGCACUUAAAAAAAAAAAAAAAAAAAAAAAAAAAAAAACGAAAUUAAUAUACACGUCCAGAGCGUUAUACGUAUGUGCGCGUUGCGAGCGAUUACGAAACGAUAGUCAGACGAACCACGUAGCGUUCAUCCGUCGGCGUACAGGUAGAGAGCUUGUAUGUAUAAAAAAAAUAUAAUAUUAUAAUGUAUAUGAAAAACAAGCGUACAGCCGUAUAAUAAUAAGCCUCCGAUGCUUAAAUUGAAAAGCUAAACAACAAAAAAAAAAAAAAUCCUUAAAACAAACACACGAAACUUAAGUGCGCGCAUAAUAGUAAUAAUUAUGGUGUAUAUACGAUGGUGGUGAUGUGCAUAUACCUCCGUAACAGUAAUCCCCGUUCGAGAUAGAUAACAGAAUAACAUACUAAUAUUAUUAUGAUUAUUAUGAUUAUAUACCGUUGCCAAGUCUCUCUCGUAUAAUACGCUCGUCGUCCCGAGCACUCGAGAUGUUCUAGUUCGCGGGCGUGUAACGGCUACAUUGUCGCGGUGACAUUUCGUAAAAACAAAAAAAAAAAAAAUUACGAUUUUUUUUUAUUUCGCCGACCCGUUUCGUUCUCUCCGAACCAUUAGAAGCGGAGCGGGAAAAGAAAAAAAAAAAAAAACAACAUCGAAAAAUCGCAAUAUUACUUAUCGGCACGCCGGGACCCCGUCGUCGGUCGCGGCGGCGGCGCAUGUACACUCGAGUCGUCCGCGGUCCGACUGGUAGCACUGCGCCCAGCGACGCCGGCGAAUAUUAUUUCAUAUUAUUGUAUUUUAACUUGUUGUUUUUUUUUUUUUUCUCAUUAUUUCCUCUCGGUUCCAUUCCCGGACGUUCCGUUCGAUAAAUUCUUAAUAACAAAAAUAUGGUGCCGUACCGAACGAUUAUGUCGCCGAAACGCUACUGUCGGGUACGAUAGCGCGGGGCCCAGGUAAAUUACACUAUUUAUUCUUUUCGUGUGCGUGUGCGCGCGUGUGUGUGUGUCUGUGUGUGUGUGUUUGUGUGUGUGGUUUUUUUCAUUAUCACGCGCGCGUAGGAUAUCUCCGCGGGCGGGAAAGUUGGGGUAAGAUUAGACAACGGCUAUUCCGAACACUAUCCGCCCGCCUAUAUAAACGGCGAUAAUACAAAUAUAUACAAUAUCGUUGUAAACACUGCGCGGUGUUCGCGCGUUAUCGAGCGACAAAGAUAUGAUGGCUCGGGGGGGCGACCGUUUUUUUUUUUUUUUUUUCCUUUUAUCUCAUCGGUUUCGAGAUAAAAAGAUGCACACUCGACGCGUUCCGCGCGCGUACGCGAUAUUAACGCCGCGAUACAGUGUCCCAUUGCAUCGCCGCGAUAUUUUGACGCGCGGCCGAAAAACACCAGUCUCGCGCCGCCGGUCGUUCCGCCGCGGCCCGGCGGCCGGCGGCGGCGGCGCGUCGAAAACUACCCGGACGCGGAGACGGGAAGUCGGCGACUCUUGCGGGUUUUUUUCGCUCUCCGCAACCCUCCCCCCCCACCCCACCCUCCCCAUCACCACCACUCGUCCGCCGUUUUUCGCUUGCCGCCACGACCGAAAAUUCGUCUGUCGCGAAUGCGGAAUGAGCGCGCGUUCUCGUGUUACAGUCGCCGUACGCAUUUUCGGCAAUGAAAACACUUUUUACCGCGCGGGUGCUCGCGUGUGUUUAAAUCUACAGCGUGCGGGGGCGGCCCGCGACGUACCGACGCUACAGAAUCUCGUGCAUAGCGGACAAUCGCUUCGUUGUUUCGUUUGUUUUUUUUUUUCCCCGCGUAACGACGUUUCGUUCCGUUUUCGGCAAAUGUUCGUUUUGCUCGACUCGUCGACGUCCCGUCUCCGAACAAACAACGCGUUAUUAUCGCGCGGUCGAUUACAUCAGCACGCUGACAAUGCGUCGAGACGGCGUACAGCGAAUACCAUCGUUUCCGCGCGAAUAACAAAAAAAAAAAAAACGCGAUACGGUUGAAAUAUCGCUGCGAUUACGUUCGAUCGGCCCCACCGCGUUACAGGCCCGACCCGCGGACGCGGACGCGAUAAUGACGACCGCCGCGUCCGCGUUGGUGCUAUCCGUUCGUCUCGGACGUGCCGCGGACGGCAAUAACUGUUAUCAUUAUCGCUGUCGCCGUUGUCGCGCGUAUACGUCCGUGACACGCGGCCGCGCGCGUCGCUCGGGAUGUCGUAGUGACAACAGCAACAACAACAAUCACGUACCGCCGCCGCCGGCGGUUAAUAAAAAAAAUUUAUUAUUAUUAUUAUUAUUAUUAUUAUUAAUGUCGAAGGGCUACGAUGAUGGAGGACGACGUGGCUUCCAGAGGGGUGAUAAGGCCCGCCCCCGCUCAUAUCAGAACCAUUACGACGUCGGGACACAUUACCACCGUGCCCAACAACAACAUCGUCGUCGUCGACGGCGGCGGCGGCGGCGGCGGCGUCGGGCAGGUCCGCAACGAGAGCGGUGCACCGCCGCCGCGGCCCCAGCCGCAGCCGCCAUCAGACACCAUGCCGCAGUUGAAAGCGCAACAGCAGAGAGAUUUCGGCGGACACGACGGGUGAGUGUCGCGCGCGUACGGUUCACGAACGAAACGGUGCCGGCGAUAAUAUUUAUUAUUGUCCGCCGUGACACUGCCACGCUGCGAUACUGCAGCGCGCGCCGCAACUCCGUAAUUUCUCCGUGACCCGCGGCGCUAUAAUUCAAUAUUAUUAUUAUUAUUAUUAUUAUUAUUAUUAUUUAGGCGGCGUUUGUUCAUCGCGCAGUCCGGUGCGUCGUUAUAAUAUAACCGUCGCGUGGUUUUUGUUUUUGUUUUUUUUGUUAGAUUGCCGAGAAACUGUACGCCGGACGAUACGGCGGAAUGCGUGCCGACGGAGGUGCUCAUUGACGGGUUCGAUGAGAACGGCGCGACCGCCGUGCCGCAGUCGCCCGAGGAGUCCGCCGUGUCCCCCGAGGAAUACCGGAAAGACCCGCCGGUACACAGUCCGCCGCCGCCGCCGCAGCCGCCGCCGCCGGCCGAGGCCAUUCGGCUCCGGAGGAACGUGGACGGCACCGAAGUGCAUUUACAGGUACCGAUGGAAAAGUUGGCCACGUUUCACGGGUACGUCACGACGGCCGAUUAUCCGAACCAUCAUCAACAUCAGAGGUACCAGCGGAUCAGAUAUUUAGAGUACCGGGGACAUUCUCCCGAGGAAAGCGGCGGAAACAACGGCGCUUUCGAACAACCUCUAAUCAAAUACGAACACCACCAUCACCAGCAGCAGCAGCAGGCCAAAAUGGAUCCCAAUUCGAGUUACGUCACUUUGGAAUCGGUUGCGGACGUUUAUCAGCAGCAGCAGCAGCAGCAGCAGAACUACCAACAACAGGGCGCGUAUCAAACUUCGUAUCAAACGUACGAGAGCGAACAGCCGGCGCCCGACAUGUUCAAUAUAUACGAAAAGGAGAGUCAUGGUGGAGGAGGGGUAGUAGUAGGAGGAGGCGAUUACGGGGUGAAAGGUUCGGGUCAUCAGAAGGGUGGUUACAGUCAACAGACCAUGAUACAGCAGCAGCAGCAGCAGCAGCAACAGCAACAGCAGCAACAACAGCAGCAGCAGCAACAGCAGCAACAACAACAACAACAACAACAGCAGCAACAGCAGCAGCAGCAACAGCAGCAACCCGAGUACCAGGACGACGGUAACGGCGGCGGCGAGAGCGGUCAGCCGGACUUCUGGGGAACCCACGAGCAACAAGUGGCGGACUUUGCGACCGCGGCCGACGAGACGCUCGCCGCGGCCAACGCGUUGCAAAUGGAAGCCGGACUCGGACCCCAGGACGGUAGCAUUCAAGUGACGCCGCAGUACGCCAUUUUCCAGAGCGGCAAUCCCGGGCCGUCGUGGAUCGACGAGCACUACGAUCAGAGUACGGUUGUUCGGCGCCGACCGGUAAAAUAAAAAACCCGACCUCGAUCGAUAAUCGCGUUGUUUUUCUAUUCCGCAGACGGCAUUCUGAACGUGGACAUGAAGGAAUGCGUGAACUGCGCGGCCAACGUGACGCCACUGUGGCGAAGGGACGGCACCGGUCAUCAUCUGUGCAACGCGUGCGGUUUGUACAAUCGGAUCAACGGGGUGAACCGUCCGCCGGUCAGGUCGGCUCAGAAGAAAACCACCCAGGUAGGUAUCCCGAUCGCGACGAACCGCGAAUAUUACAAUGGAGGCAUGUGGCGUACCCGCGGGUCGAGGUGGGCAAAGGAGGCCUCAGACCCCUCCAUUGACCGCGUCAAGUAUAAAAAAAAAAAAAAAAAUAAUAAUAAUAAUAUAAACUGUUCAGCAUUGGAAAAUUAAUAUUUAUUCAUUCUAAUAAAACAAUAUUCAUUGUACAUUUGCACUAUUUUUUUAAAUUAAGCACGAAUAAUUGCAUAUACCUACUAUGCACAAUUGUGCGUUUUGCAAACAUUUUUUUUGAAAUCGAGUUGUUUUAGUUUUAGCUCCCCCCUGGGCGCGCCACUGAUAGAGGCGAUUAUCGUCUACGUCGUGCUAUUCAUAUCAGUAGAACUCAUCAGUAUAAUAAUCGGAUAAUUUUGUUCCAAACCGUAUUUAACAGUCCCGUUAAAAGCACUCGUGAUAUUUUGUUUUUUAAACGCUUAUAGUGUAUUAAAAUAUGAGUACUGAGAUUUCACUAAUAAAAGGUUCUUAAAUGAGGUUUUUAGCGAUAAAAUAAAUAACUAUUAGUAGGUACUUAAAAUGUAUAGAAUAUACGAAUUUCAAAGUUUCGUUGCAUUACAUUUAUUUUGCACACAUUUUAAAUAAUUGUUUCUAUCCGAUCAAACUUGUUAGGGAAUUUCGCUAUCCCAUAAUGUUAUAACGGGUGUCGCCGGUUUACGGCAAAACGUUUUUCCAACAGUUAUAAAUUGUAGGAUUUUAACGUUAACGAUAUUAUUUACAUUUUUACACACGACGUACACACAAAAACAUUUUUAUGCAUCACAACAUAUCUUUAGCAAUAAAUUAUAACAUUGUUCAAAAUUAAAAAAAAAAAAAUAAAACUCAAUCGCCUCUUUAGUAGGAUUUAUAAUAUUAUUAUUGUUGUAUUCGGGUUUUCGAACGAGCGAUAAACGAUUUUGUACAGCCCAUAACGUGUCAUAACGUCGUGACAAUUCGAAUAUAUUUUGUAGUUUUCAAUCCCGGAACAUGUUGCGCGUCUUGGUUGUGUGCAGCGACGGACAUGACCGAACAGGUUUUAAUUGGAUCGAAAAAAAACUCGAACGGAAUUUUCGACAGUCCGUCUAUCGAACAACCUCGACAGUUUAAAGUGAUAUGCCCGUCACCAAUCUCGCGGCUUCGUCUCGGUUCUCGGGCGAACAAACAACCCUCUGUUCUCGAAAAUAUACAAGUACUCUUAUUUAAUGUUCGUUUAAGAUGCCAAACUCCACGCGAUUUCAACCCAAACGACACGAUUCGUACGUCCUAUAAGACGGUGUUUUCGUAACUCAAUUCUAACUCGAACCAGUGGCGCAAACGCCGCGGGCCCAUGAGAUUUAGCGGCCCCGAACCGGGGCUCAAGGCGUUAUUGGAUAGGCUUUUUUUUUUCUUUACUCAUCGGCCCCGAACCGAUAAACGCGGUGUUUCGUCACGGGCAUCGGCGGUACCGGUUACUCCACCGACCCGGACCUUUGCGGUAGGCCGGUUGGGUUAGGCGCACGUACGGACAAACGCGGGUACAUAGGAGAGGCUAUGAUGCUACGUAGUGCCCAGAAACGGCAAUCGCUUCGGAUACGUGUUGUACGUACCGUAGUCGAAUUGCGCGCGCGUUUACAUAUUAUUAUUAUUAUUGUAUACGUAGACGCGGUACGUGCAGCGCGACGCGGUUCCCAAUACCGAUAUUUUACUAUUCGUUUUACGCGCGUAUAUGCAAUGCAAUACAAUAAUAUUAUACACGUUAUUAUUAUGUAGCAAACUGGAAACAAACGUUCCGGAGUGGCUUGCGCCAACUGUUCGACAAACACGACGACACUGUGGAGGAGAAACAACAACGGAGAACCCGUGUGCAACGCUUGCGGUCUCUAUUUCAAAUUGCAUAACGUAAGCUUAAUCGACUGUCGUACUGUACCGCCAUUCGGUUUUUUUUUUUUUUUUUACAUUAUGACAGUUUGUUACGAGACUAUGUGAUAUUGUAACAAUUGUGUUACGGGCGAAUUUUUAUACACUUAUCAGCGCGUGCAAUACGAUUAUUGAUAUUAUUAUUAUUAUGAUUCACGAAAACCUCUGCGUAGUCGAAACGCGUUUUCUUUUUUUUUAAUUUUUAUUCGUUGUUGUCCGUUAACGUCCCGGUGUUCUGCGGCUGUGGCGUUUAAAGAGAAAAAUGCGUAACGUGUGCAAUGCGCAUUCUGAAAACGACUUUUGUACCGGCAGUCUCGUUCCAAUCAAAAACUCCGUCGGGACUUUGUUGUAGAAUUGUCGAUUUAGUUGCUGGUGCAUCUUGGCGGUCAUUUUUCGAUGUUCCUUCCCCGUAGUUUUCUCAGUCGAUUUUUUGAUUACAACCCUGUCAACAAGAGUGAAUAAAUACGUCUAAUAAUAUUUUUCGUCGCGCUAUGGAUGUAAAAAUCAAAUUUCAAUUUCCCUUCUAAAAAACAGUGACACUCCUAUCAGCGGGGCUGUUUUUGCUUUAAAUAACGUAUAUAGGGGCGUCUUCAAAAAUGUAGCGAUGUUCGAUCAAAACGAUAACGAAUACAUUCCGAAACUCAACAGUUUGUUCGAUAUUUUAUCGUUCGAUCUUUUUCCGAAAUUACCCAUUGCUAACUAAAUUUCCAUCGGAUUCAGCGUUUAAAUUUUAUCGGUUUUUCUGUUUGUUCUUAUUUGCCGUGAUUUAAAUUUAUACCAGAGAUAAGAUGACUAUUAUCAUAUUUGGUUACACGUGGGGAAAAUGUUAUCAGCAAUCAUAAUAUUAUUAUAUUUCAUCAUUUAACGCAAUAUAAAUAUUUCGGUAUCCAACAUAUCCUACCGACUUUGAAUGGCAAGAUUUAAUUUGAACGCACAACAAUACGCCAGCUCGGCCAAGUUCGGUCGCACGCAGCGCAAUAAUUACACAAACCAUUUCGAGCUCUAUUCGACCAUCCCUCGAUCAAGGUUACGUCAAGGUUACCAAAAGGAAGCUGUAUUCCAAAUUUCGUACGUCUAGGUGUCCGAAAAUUGCAAUUUUUAACACUCGCUAAUUCAUAAAUUUACUGAUUUACUCAUUCACUGAUAGAUAAUCAUAAACCUAGGUACUUCUAAUAAAAUUAAAACUUGAAAUUUUAACCAUAGAUAUUAGUCAAAGUUACAAUUACGAAAAAACUAAAAAAUCCGUAAAAUUCCAACUUAGAAGGGGACAGAGGGGAGAUAAACGUCUAUAGAAUACUGAGUCUCGCCGGUCGUGGUACUUCUACAAGUACACAAUAGUAAAAUAAUAGAGAAUACAUUUUUUUCAACAGCGUGUUUUCGAAUUCCUAUAAUUUUACUGACUUUAAUACUAUUUUGAAUAUUUGUGCCACUAUGUAGUCGUAUAUUAUUAUAUUUAAGUAGAACGUAACAUUACAAAAGUGAUGCUGUACCGCCAAAAACAUAGAUGUGGAAAAAGUGUCUAAGUUUGAUAAAAAAAGAACAAGUGUGCUAGCUUCGCCGAAAAAAUUAAUGAUAUCGGUGUCAAGUUUAAACUGUUGGACAAAUUGCUUGCUUUUACCGCUGAACCGUUGACUCGGCAAGUUUUAUUUAUACCGUUAUAUUUAUAAACAAAUCGUGUGCGUAUGUGUGUGCACUUAUUUAUCAUAAAUAAAACUUGCCAAGUCGACAAUUACGUGGUAAGCAAUCGAGCCGUUUAACGAUUUAAGCUCGGCGCCCGCUUAGAUAUCAUUUAUUUUUUCGGCGUAGCUGACGGCACUUAUUCUACUUACCGAGCUCGGCCCUAUUUGUCGCAUUUAUAUGUUUCUAUCGAAAUUAUAUUAUUUCGGAUACACGGGCAGUAAGUAUAUUUUCGUUGUAAUAUAAUAUUAUUAUAUAUUUGGAACGAACGUUGUUGUUCGCCGUGAUGUUUGUGUUACAUACGUGUCCUAUACAUAUACGUAUCCUCCAAUAAACAUUUUCUAAUAUUCCGUACCUACCAAAGGUUUGUUUUACUUAUCUCGGUUAGUGUUUAACAACUCGUAGAUAUUAUUUAGAUUUCCGCGAUCGGUAUAUAGGUAGGUAUACCUAUAACUAUAAAGGUAUACUAGUCUCGAUUCCCACGGACCCAAUACUAUCUGUUUGCUUAAAGAAAAAAAACCUCGUAGUUUUAAAUUGUUCGGUCAUUGUUUUACCUAACCGCGGCUUUUACUUUCAUUUGUCGUAAACAAUAACCGUUUUAUUUUGUAAAACGAAAAUGUUUAGAAAAACGAUAAUUUUUUAGCCUAAUUGUUCGUACCCAUACUGCAGUAUGGGUAAUUGGCGCAAACAUAUUACAAUUACCACUUUUCUACGACGCCGGGUUUUGUUAUUAGGUAUUUUUUUCUUCUUCAAAUUCAAUUACGUCUAAUUAUUUUAAUAUUUCAUUCGACGACUUCUAUUUUGGCUCGUAUCGCGUCACCCGGUGUGUAAAUAUCCGCAGAGGACGGAACGGUUUCCCCAGAUUUCCGCCGUAUAAUAGACGUCACACGCACACCGGAUGGCUGUUGUGUCAAUAUUAACUAGGAAACCCAGAUGACUAACUAGAGUUUGAAAAUAAACAUUGUUUCAUGGGUAAUUUCAGGUCAAUAGGCCGUUGACGAUGAAGAAAGACGGCAUACAGACGAGAAAGAGAAAACCGAAAAACCCGUCCAUCGGUUUCGGCCAAAAUUCGUCGUCUAAAGAAAAACCGUCGCCAGGUAACUAUAAUAACGAAAUCUACACAUUUUUAACGCAUGAUACUUUGUAGAAAUCGUCAGCUCGUAGUUUUUAUUAUUUUGGUAAAACUUGUUGUGUGUAUAUUUGGGGGAGGCUAUAGCGAGUCGUGGCACGGCCCGCGCGCAUGGGAUUUACGGCCUUAUCAGCGAGUAAGUCAACAUUGCAGUGUUUGCACAAGAGAAUAAGGUGAAGUGCACAAAGAGUUGGAGGUGGUGUAACUGAUAAGGAAAAAUGUUUUAACGAUCUCGUGGCGGUAAACAUACGGUGACAUAAAAAAAAAAACAAAAAAAAAACCUACUAGGUAUACGAGUAGUAUAAUACUAAUAGUAUAUUAUUCACUAUAUAAUAUUACGUAUACGUGAGUCGAGUUUUGACAUAUUACAUUCGACGUAGGUAUAUAGUAUAUAGAGUAUUAUGUCGUACUGAAUAUUAAAAUCGAUUUACUUUUUAUUUUUUUCUCCGAACGUAAGUAUCAGGUACCUACAACAAUUUGUAUUUUAUUUUUGUUUUAGUUACAACGUUUUUGGUAUUUAGUAGCUAAAAAAUUAAUCUAACGGAUUGUAAAACAUAAUACCUAAUAUAAUGUAUCGCGUAUAGUUCUUGAUUUCAACUCGGUAAUAUUAUAUACGAAUCGAAGAAAACUCGAUGGUUCGUAAUUAUUAAGAUAAAGUUUUUACAGUUUUAUAUUAUAUAUACAUACACACAUACAAAUAACACAAAUGUUUCGUAAAUAUAAUUUUCAGUCAUAAAGUAUGACUAAGUGUUAUAAUGCAAUUUACGAGUAUGUGUAGGUAUACUAUAUUAAUAGUAUAAAGGUAUUUAUUCGUUUAUGUACUCGACAAUUUAUUAUUACGCGCACGAGGUAUUUUUAAAUACAUAGGUAUUAGGUUGUUUUUUUUUUUUUUUUUAAAAAAAAUAUCAAAUAUUAAUUAUGAAAAAACAAUUUAGGACAACCCAUAUUGCGAACGCGUAUAGAGUGCCCGGUUCCUAAAUGUAUUUCAAACAAUACAUUACAUAAUCCCGUAUACGAUUUCGGAAAGAAUUCGGUAAUUCAUUAUGCUUAUGCGUAGAAACCUAAAAUAAAUUAAAUAUCUUAAUUUCUUGACGGAAAAUUUUUUAAAUUCUUACGGUAACUUUAUUGUAUUUUGAUAUCUACGUCAUAUUAUUACAAUUUUUUUUUAAUAUUGACUUAGUUAUAUGGAUACGUAUUUAAAUUAAUAACAAUAUUAAUAAUGUUAUAAAUUUAAAUUUAAAAUAUUGUUUUCAAAAAUAUAAUAUACCCAUUUUCCUUGUCAACCAAAUAUAUUAGUAACUGUUAGUGACGUGGUAUAAAACCGGAUUAUCCGAAAAUCAUAAAUUCGAUUUUUUGAUUUUUAUUUAAUCUAUUGUAUAUAUUUUUGUAUUUGUCCCUCGUUGUAUGAUUAUAUUAGUCUUAUUUAUACUAAAUAAAUAUACAAUUAUGAUUAGUUUUUUAAUUGAAUAAAUAAUGUCUAAAAGAAUGCAAAAUCAAAGCUUCAAAAUCUAAAACUCAGAUUUUAAAUGUAAUUUUAAUUUCGGCUUCUAAAUAUCCGGAUUUCCGUCCCCCCAAUAUUUAUUAUACGGACGGACGGACGAACGGACACAACGGGGUCAUACCUAUUCUAAAUUAAUGUUUAGAAACACAAAUACUUAAAAUAUAGUUAAAUUCGUAUUAAAACAUUUUUCAGGCGGUGACAACACUUACGGUGUACUUAACAUAGUAAAAUAAAAUAAUAAACUAAAAUGUUGUGUUAUAUGUGUAUAAUUUAAAAAUUACGAAGAAAUUAUUUUUCUAAGUUAUAAUGAAUAAUUAUAAUUACAAUAAUUGAGCUUUUUGAUUUUCUUUGUAGUUUUCCUAAAAAUUUGGAAAACUUAGGAAAAACUAGAAAGUUUACGGCAAUAUCGGUUUCAUUAUUUUUGACUUUUGUUUAUUUUUUUCAUAAUUCGGUUAAUAACUAUCAUAGAGACUUAACAUUUUCCAAAGAUAUAUAUGUCAGUAUUUUCUAGACGUAACAAAUUUUCAAAACAUUUUCGCAAUUUUUAAGUAAUUUAUAGAUAUUUGAAAUAUUUGAGUUGUUUUAGUUUUUAUUUGAUUUUAUGUGGAUAAAAUUAUUUUGGUCAAAUAGAAAUUCUCGGAAAAUUAACACGAGUUUCAUUAAAAGUUGUACGUAGUGAUAAUAAAAUUAAAUGAGCGAAACGUAGUUGUUAUUUUUUUAAAAGCGUUUAAGACAAAAUUUUGAAGCAAUUCGUAUUUCAAUUGUCAUUUAAAAACAUUUUUAACAGAACUUAAAACUCAAAGUCGUAUUUAAUAAACAAUGAUUCAUCGUUGCGUACAAAUUUAAAUUAAAUAACUCUAUGUGUUUUACUUUUUCAACUUUCCACCUACAACAGUGUCACAUGGUGGACACCCAUUGGCUGUAGCGGCUUUUUAAAAAUAUAUUUAACAGAACUACAGAACUUAGAACAAUAAAAAAUAUAUUUGACUUAAUUUAGUAAUCUCAGUAACUAUUAACCAUAACUAUAACUAUUGACAUUCGAAUCUAAGAUAUAUACAAAAAUUUAAAUUAGCGGAACAUUUAGCUAAAACUUUGGAACUUAUAAUUGUUCAACUAUCUAAUCUAUUUGUAAAAUUUUUAAAACGAUAAAUAUGAUUUUUAAUGUAACAGUUAAAUCAUAUAAUUAACUUACUUAACGAUUUUACACGGCAUCAAAAUAUUAUUUUGUAUAGCUCGUGUAUAAUAAGUAAAGUAAGUUGCGUUUCUAAUAUUUCUAGGCGCUAGAUACUUGUUCUUUUAAAUUUUUUACAGAUAUUGGUUAUGUUACACUACCAUAAUUAUUAGAGUAUAAAAUUAUAUUACUAAAUAAAUAUUUAUUCUCGUUUAUUAUUGAUAGUAUUAUAGAUUUAAUAGAUUUAUUCAAAAUACAGUGUGUUAUAAUACAUUAAUUCGGUAUACCUAUAUUAUGUUUCAGGGGAAGUAACUACAAAGCUUCUUCUUCCACAUUUGUUUAGUAAUUCAUCUGAUAAACAUCAACAGGGACAUCUUGGUUAUGAAACAGCCGUAAUGACAUCACAAGAUCACUUUCUUCCCCAUGGUUCUCAAAUUCACAUCCCUUCGUUACCUCCGCCGCUGACAAACCUUAACUGUCAUAUGGCUAAACAUAAGUAAAUAUAAAAUAUUUGUUAUCAAAAUAUAUUUAGAUAGGUAAUGACAUAUAUUAUUAAGUAGUCAGUGAAAUUAGCUUUAUAUCAUAAAUUUAACUUCUAUGAUUAGAUUUCAACUGUAUUUUAUAAAAUACACAUUUUAUUUAAUAAAAUUAAUGCCAUUGUGCUUUUUAACAAUGUACAAUGGCAUAAAGCAAUAUACUUAUAUAUUGAUAACAGAUAGUAAAAAAUAAAAUACAUUUAGGUAACUAUUGUACAAGUAAUAUUCAUAAAAAUGAACAUUGAAAACUAGGUAGUUUUUAAUUUUUUUAAAAACUAAAAAAAGCUAAUUUAAAAUGUUGAUUUUUUUUCAUAUCUAAUGGACAAGUGGUUCACUGAUUUUCCGUUUUAAAGAGUGAAAUGAUAUAGUUGAAAUAUUACUUAUUAAGAAAUGUAAUUUACACUAAAGCCAUAUUACGAUAGAUAUUUUUUGGUUUUUUUCUGCAAACUACGUACAUUAUAUCUAUUUACUAUUGUAUUUAGUAUUAAGUAUUUUAAAUUGGUAAUUUAAAAAAUUAAUCAGUUCAAGUAGGUAUCUUAUAUAAUUAUACUUUUAUUUAUUUUUAGUAACGGGCAAGUGAUGGAACAGUUGGGACCUAAGGACAUGCUGACUAGUGUAAUUACUUCUACUGGAAACCAAAAUGUUAGGAAUGAAUAAUUUGUAUGUAGGUACUGUGCAAUACAAAUGAAUACGAAUCUUGGUGACUUUGUGAACACAAAAUCAAAUAAAGUAUCCUUGCUUUAUACAGAGCGUAACAGGACUAUCCAACAAUAGAAAUGACUUCUAUUGAAUACUUCUAAGUUUUUUUUUUUUGUAAUAAUUACUAAAACUGUACGCUAUAGUUUUUAUAUUUUACACUUCAUUUUAUUACUUUACAAUUUUGAAACAUAUUCCAUUACUUUAGCGUUUAUGAGGCUCACAGCUUAAAUUAAUAUGAUAAGAAUAUUAUCAAAUUGUACAAUAUUUCAUCAUUUAAAAAUUAAAUUACGAAAAAAAUGGCACAUUUUCCAAAACUCUAAAAAUUAUUUAAACAUAAUUGACAUAAUCUUCCUAAAAGUGUUUCUAAGAUUAUUGCUCAAAGAUGUAAUAAUUAUUUUUUUUAAAAAAAAAAUAAAAAUAUUCAAUAGAAAAAAGUCAAUAUAUUUAUUAAAUAGUCCUGUUACAUCCUGUUUGUUCAGUGAGUAAUUUGAUUAUUUGCUUACGAUUUGUUAAUGUAUUACCUACUUUACUAAUUUAAUCAUCAUUGAUGCAUUAUUUAAAAGUGGAUUGCUAUUAUAACUGUGUAAUGUUGCAAUAUGUAUAUGGUUGAAAUAUAUUAAUAAUAAAUAAUAAGUAGGUAAUAUUUUAGGAAUAUGUAUGUAAUUACAAAUAUAGCUAAUUGUUUAUUUAAUUUAAAAUAUGUACCUAUCCAUUAAUUUAUUAGUACAAUUAUUUAUGAACUUAUACCUUUUUUUUUUUUUUUUUUUUUUUAUAUAGAUGAUUUAGUUGAUUAAAUUUAAAUACAACUAUAGAUUUGAAAGCAAUGAAAUAUGUAUUUAUAAUAUUUAAAACGGUAGAUUAAUUUUUACUUUAUACCUAAUAGUUAUAAUGGAUAUAAACAGUUAGGUUAUAAUAUUGUAGGAUGUUUUGUUAAUAUAAUUUUAUUGUGUUAUGCAUGACAACGUUUUUUAUUUUUAUCGUGACUUGUGUUUAUUUUGAAAUUUAAAAUUUUAAACAUUUAAGUACUUAAUGCCCUUUUAAUGUAUGAGUUGUAAUAGAUAAUAUUCAUUAGUGAAAUAUACAAUUUAUGAAAUGAGUUGUUUUACCUGAAAUUUACCUUUAGGAAAAUACAAUUUAUUGUAAUUUAU